AUGUGGAAUGCGCUAACACUGCUGGCAGUCUCGGCACUCUCGAGAGCGUUCGCACCGCGGCGCGUGCCUCCGUCGGUUGUGAGGCCGCGAGCGACGCCUUUCGACGACGUGCUCGAGAGCACAACGCUGCCGAUCGUGGACGUGAUGCCAGACAUUCGCGCGGCACUCUCGUCUGAGGGCGCCUACGUGUUCCUAGAAGCGCCGCCGGGCGCCGGCAAAACCACGACGGUGCCGCUCGCGGCGGCCGCGACGGUGUCAGAGGGCCUCGUGGUCGUGGUCGAGCCGAGACGAGUAGCAGCGCGUGCCGCGGCGAGGCGCAUGGCGCAGUCGCUCGGGGACGACGUCGGUGGGCUGGUUGGCUACGCGAUGCGCGGCGACGCGAGGAGCUCCGAGCGGACGAGGGUGCUCGUCGUCACCGACGGCGUGCUUUUAGCGAUGUGCCGGGAGGAUCCGUCGCUUGCAAAAUGCAGCAUAGUGAUCUUCGACGAGUUCCACGAGCGGGGAGUCAACUCUGACGUGGCACUUGCUUUGUGCCGGGAAGCGCAGGCCGUGCUGCGGCCCGAACUACGGCUGUGCGUGCGGACGCUGUGUCCGGAGAUCCCACAACUCGUGGUAUUGCGAAGCUCACUCGUCCGUGCGCAGGUUAUGUCCGCGACACUUCUUGGAGACGGCACGGUCGCGGCCGACGCAACGAUCGUCAAGUCAUCGGGACGCGCCUACCCGGUCGAUGUCACCUACCCGCCGCGGGGUGCCCCGCGGCUCGCGGCAUUGCUCAGCCGAAGGGGCGCGCUCGAGGACGCCGUCGUCGAGGCCACCGAGAAGGCGCUACGAGAUGCACCUGAUGAUGGCGACGUCCUCGUAUUCCUACCGGGAGCGCGAGAAAUUCGCCGCGUCGCGUCGGCCUUGCGGGAAAGGACCGACGUCAGUAUAGAAACGCUCUACGGCGCGAUGCCGGCCGAGGCGCAGGAUGCGGUCGUCCACGGCCGUCGCCGCGGCCGGCGCGUUGUAGUGGCAUCUCCGAUCGCCGAGGCGUCGCUCACGCUCGACGGCGUCACAGCUGUGGUCGACUCUGGAUUGCGGCGCGUCGCGACGAUCGACGAAGACACGGGCCUGCGGCGGCUCACGACGAAAGUCGUGUCAAGAGCGAGCGCGGACCAACGGACGGGCCGCGCGGGCCGCACGGCCCCGGGAUUGUGCCUCCGGAUCUUUCCCGAGGCCGAGUUCGAAUCGCUCAGUGAAUUUAGCGCGCCGGAAAUUAUUUCUGCGGACCUCGCGUCCGUCGUGUUGGUCCUUUCGGCGUGGGGCUGCCAAAGCGUCGACGAGAUGCUAGGCCUCCCGUUCAUCGACGCGCCUCCAGUAGAAAGGCUCGAGCGCGGGCUGGACGCGCUCGCGUCGCUCGGAGCGGUCGCCGGUGGCGCCACUUUGACCGCCUUCGGACAAACCAUCGCGGACAUGCCUCUCGAGCCCCGCCUAGCAGCGAUCGUCGCCAAAGCCACCGACCUGCCCUCGGCCCUGCGCGUCGCCGCGCUCCUGGACGAGGACACUGCGAAGGGAGGCGACUUCGACCUCGCUAAGCGCCCGUUGGACCCGCGAGCAGUUUCACGGCUCGCGAAACGUUUGGGCAAAGACGUUGAUGGCCCCGGCGACGCGCUGGGCGCGGCGCUGGCCGUCGGCUUCCGCGAUCUCAUCGCCCAGCGGCGCGGAGACGCGUCCUACGGCGGCACGGUCUAUCUCCUAGCAAACGGCAAGACUGCGCGGCUCGACGCCGCCGACGGUCCCGAUUUUAUUGUGGUCGCGGACGCGGGCACCGGCGACGACGGUCAGUGCCGAAUCUACGCCUACGCAACGAUCGACAGGGAGGAGCUCGAGCCGUACGCGGCGUCGUCUCGGAAGAUCUUUGCUGUGCCGUCCCAGGGCUACGCGGUGCGGGCCCGCGACGUCACGGCUAUUGGUGCCAUCGAGCUGGAGUCGGCGACUGCCCCGCAGCCGGCGCCCGAAGAGACGGUGGAACUUCUUCUGGAGACCAUUCGCGACCUCGGCGGAGUGAGAAAAGCACUCAAAGGAGACGUCGAUUCGUUACUGCGACGGGCAGAGCUCUCGGGGGCGUCGCUCCCUCCGAUCUUCGACGCGCUGGAACGCGGCGACGAGGAAAUCCUCGAGGAGGCGGUCCUGCCGUACUUGUACACCUCACUCAAUCUCAAAAUCGACCUCGCGGCGGUCCUGAAAGACGCGCUCGCAGCCGCGGGCGUCGACAUCGACGCGCUCUGCCCCGAGCGCAUCGAGGCGCCCGACGGCACGCGAAUCCGCGUGACGUACGAUGCCACGGGCCCGUGCGCCGAGGCCAAGCUCCAGCAGUUCUUCGGGCAAACUACGAGUCCGACAGUCGCGGCGGGCACGCCCGUCGCGCUGCGGCUGCUGUCACCGGCGGGAAAGCUCCUUGGCGAGACGCGGGACCUCGCGUUUUUCUGGAAGGAGGUCUAUCCCUCGGUGCGCGCGGAGCAGAGAGGGCGGUACCCGAAGCACCCGUGGCCCGAAGAUCCGAUGGCCGCCGCGCCGACGCGGGCGACGAACAAGGCGCUCCGCGCGGCGGGCGGUGGCGCGUCUGCGCCGGCUUCGAAGCGAGCGCCAAAGAAGAAACGUAAGAAAAGGUAG